GCUAUUAUCCACAUAGAACAUGUUCACUCACACGCAUCCACUAUUUAUAAGUAGCUAUUGUGAUUGUCAACCAGCAAUUCAUUCCUACUUUCGUUCCAUCAGUGCAUUUUGGAUUGCAAACAUAUCACUAUGAAAUUUGAUGAUAUUUUUACCUACCUAGGGGAAUAUGGUCGCUACAGUAAACUCUUGUCGCUUUCUGUUUGUUCCCUAAUCAUUUCUAAUGCAUUCUUUAAUAUAUGCACAGUGUUUAUCAAUGGAAGCAUGGAUCAUCACUGUAAGUUGGCAGAAACUGCAAAUUGCAGCGAUGUGGACGGCGACGAAUGUUGGAAAGCAAAUCUUAGCAUGAGUCUACCACCUGACGACGAGGGGACUUUAUUCAUAAAUGAAACGCAAUGCAGAAUAUAUACAAGCAACGAAAAUGAGACGGAGUUGACCGAUUGUGAACAUGGAUGGACGUACGACAGAUCUCAAUAUAAAUCUACUAUUGUGUCAGAGUUUGAUUUGGUGUGUGACGAUAGUUAUAAAUCAUCUUUGGCUGCUUCAUUAUAUCUUGCCGGCUUUUUCUUUGGUUCAAUCAUCUUUGGAUUUAUGUGCGACUAUUAUGGGAGAAAAAGGACAAUAUUCGUAGCGCUCGCAGUAACACUGCUAGCGGGACUGAUGAGCGGAUUAGCAUCGUCAUAUUGGUUAUUCGCUAUUUCCCGCUUCUUAAUCGGAAUUGCGAACAUUGGCUUAUUUUGUUCAAUUUUUACAUAUGUAACGGAGUUGGUUGGGCCUUCAAGGCGAGCUAUGAUAGCUACAAUUGCGAACUUGUACUGGUGCCUGGGUUACAUGCUGACAGCUGUCAUCGGAUAUUUCAUAAGAUCUUACAGAACACUACUCGUUGCAAGCAGUAUCGCAAUGUCGCCUCUAUUAUUGCUCUAUUUUUUAAUUCCGGAGUCUGCUCGUUGGUUGCUUGUUAAGAAAAAAACAGAUGAAGCAAAGCUUAUUCUUCAACGGAUUGCAAAGGGAAACAAUGACGGCAAUUUGCCAGAUGAGAUAUUUGAAAAUUUAGAAGUCGACACAGAAUCUAAAGCUACGAGGAAGACUAAUCCGCUUGAUAUUAUUCGGUAUCGCUCUAUGAGGUUUAAAACAAUCAACAUUACCUACAGCUGGUUUGCUAUUAACCUUGUUUACUACGGUUUAACGUACGGUGUCGAGGGUCUAAAUGUCGAUGUCUAUCUCGGAACCUUUCUCGGAGGUCUUACUGAGAUGUUCGCCUACCUCUUUACCUGGUUUUUUAUUCAAAAAGUUGGUAGGCGUUUGACUCUGGGAGGAACGCUUGUAGCAGGUGGAAGCGGGUGCUUGGUAAAUUUAUGGAUUCCUUCAAGUUUUGUAGAAUUGAGGACGACUACAGCAAUGAUUGGCAAGUUCUUCAUUACAUCAGCCUUUGCCAUCGUCUACGUAUAUACUGUUGAACUCUUUCCAACUGACAUUAGGACCAUCGGUUUAGGAUUCUGUUCGUUCUGGUCACGUGUUGCUGGAGUACUUGCUCCUCAGAUUCUUUUUCUGCAGAAAUUAUGGACACCAUUACCAUUGGUGGCAUUUAGUUUAACUUCAGUAUCUGCUGGACUGUUGGCGCUACUUUUGCCCGAAACUUUAAAUGUUCCACUACCUCAGACUAUAGAAGAGGCGGAGAUGAUUACGAGGAGAACUACUAAGCGAAGCAGUGGAAGUUUUCACGAUAUUGGAUUGCAACCUGUCAAGUCUUAAUUUUUCUUUGCAAAGAUUGUUACAAUAUAUUGCCAUUGGUUGAAAUUAUUAAACAACAAUUAACAAUAUUUAAUAAUCAAGAGUUCUACAAUAUUAUUUUAAUCAGUAAUGUUUAUAUUUGUGACAAUUAUUUGCCUUUUUUAAAAAAUAAAAUGCGCCUUUGUUGCUUGAUUUUACUUGCUAUUUAGUUACUUGUAAAAGUAUUUAAUUAGAGGUAACAGAGGCAGUACUCUGAGACUACGUAUCAGGCCAUAGUAAGAUAAAAACCACAUUUAUUUGCCAAUAAAAUAUUUAUGUAUA